AAGCCUGGGGCCUUGCAAUUGUACCUAUUUUUUGUGUCCAGAAUAAUUGCAGAAAAAAGACGUUGGAGAGUCUAUUUUAAUUGGUGGACCAAAUAAGUAUAUCCAAAAGAAUCAACAUGUCAUUUCACUGGCUUGGCAUUUUUGCUAUAAAGAAGAAAAACUAGCCGUUGGAGAUGCCUUUAAUGUCAUUAUCUGGUAGGUCAUAAGUCCUAACGCAUAACCCAGAUCCUUCUCAUAUCAAAAAGCAAAGAAAAGCUUGAAUCUUUGGCAAAAGAGAGAGCUUUCUUGAAGGAAAAUAUAUAAAGAACCGACAUUUAGCGUAUAAGCCUGCGCAUCUCAGUUGGCUCUCUCUGUCUUGCUCGUACUUGUAAUAAAGCUAUAGCCUUUGAUUCACACUUCAGAGUGAAAGAGUGACUGAACCCUUGAAGGGUUUUGUUAACUUUCUCUCCGUAUAUUCGCCGGAGAGUUGAAUAUACAGCGAGACACGAAAGAAGAAGAAAAGGGUUUUUAUCGGCGGCUCUUCGUAUAGGAGAAAGGAACAAUGGGUGAAUCAGCUUGUCUUGUGCGAUCCUUUUCUCAUCCAUCCGAGGCUUCUCGUGAAGACAGAGAGGGUGACCCAAUUCGUCGUGCCCUCACGGAAUCCAUAUCAUUUGGGAGAUUCAUGUCAGAGUCCUUGGCUUGGGAGAAAUGGUCAACCUUCUCUCAGAAUCGUUACUUGGAAGAAGUUGAGAAAUUUUCGAAGCCUGGUUCUGUUGCUCAAAAGAAAGCUUAUUUUGAAGCUCAUUACAAGAAGAAAGCUGCAAUGAGAGAAGCAGCUUUGCUACAGGAAGAAAAUGCAACUUCUGACAGUAUUCCUGAAUCAGGGAUUGCUGAAACUUGUAGUCACUCUUCCAUAGUUGAAGAGCUUGCAGCAACAAAUAACCAUUUGGAUGUUGAAGAACAAGAAGAGAAUGAUGUCUUCAAUAACGAGAUGCGUCAUUCUGUUGGUCUAAAUGCUUGGAAUUCUGCCAUUGAAAGUGAUGAUAUAAGAACUGCUGCAGUGGAAAGAGUAGAAACUGUUGUGGAACAAAAUGUUGAUACCAGGAUUCCUGCUCUGAUUGAAAACUUAAAUAAAAUUGUUGAAAACCAUGGCCAGAAUGUGUAUGCUGACUCUGCUCUACAGGAACAGAUUCCCAAAAAGGAGGAUUCUGACAGGGAGCGACCGGCUUCAUCUAGUAAGAAAAGACCAUCUAUGUUCAAAUCAUUAACAAUAGAUAGGGCCUACAAACAUCCAUCUUCUCCUGCCAAGGGAGCUUCUUCUGUACAAUUCAGAGCUGAAAAUAAAGUUGGUUCAGACUCUAAGAUAUCAGCUGAAGACUCAGCCAACAAGAAAGUAAUUGAAAAUGGAGUUGGUUCACUUGGUAAGAAGUCUAUACGAGACUUUAUCAGUAUAAAGAAAUCAACUCCAAAUGCCCUCCACAUGUCGAUCAAUUUCAGUUCUCGAGCUAGUGUCUCCAGUAACUCCUCUGGCAAAAUGUCCAAGGGCAAUUUGACCCUACACAAUCCUGCUAGGACAUCUGUUAAUGGAAUGUUGAAGCAUCCUUCAGUGAUUGGUAAAUCAGAAGAUAAACGGAUUAAAAUACCACUAAAUAAGUCAGUUUCAGGAGGAAUAAUGUCAACUGGAAAAUCUUAUUCCCUCAUUUCUGAACAUCCAAAAUCUUCAAAUGCUAGUGGAAGCAAGACACGAGCUCCUAUUGUAUUGUCUCCUUUUAGCUUCAGGAGUGAAGAAAGAGCUGCGCGACGGAAAGAGUUCUUUCAGAAGCUAGAAGAGAACAGCAAAGUUAAGGAGGUGGAGAAAUGGAAACUGCAAACAAAAUCUAAGAUGCCAGUAACACAACCUCAAUCACCAAAGCUGGGAAGGAAGCCAAUGCCAACCAGAGUCCAGGACAUAACAAGAUCCCGACCCCCUCGAAGGCCUGCAGUCGAUGCUGAACUUUCUAAACGUUCCAUUGGGAAAAGUAAGCAAAGUACUGCUCAUUCAGUCUCUUCCUUACCAAAGAGGAGUGCACUUGAAAACGCUUCUCCUAACAUCCAACAGUGAGUUUUGAAUAAGGGAGUAAAUCAGACACACGAAGGCAUUGCCUGCGUGCUGAAUGGUUGAUGACCAGCUAUUGUGAUUAUGUACGGUUCACAACAAAAACAUUCUCUAGUGUUGGCGCUGAAGUACACGUAAAGAAGUCUUAGUAGGGUAUUCAUAGAGUAUCACAGAGGGCUGUUUCCAGUACCAAGUAAGAAGUAGAGAUUUGUGAUUUUUGUCUCUCUUUGUGAAGGUUCAUAUUAUACACAGCAAUCUGAAUUUGCUACAGAUAAAGCAAUAAAGUGAUUAUUUUUUAUA